CGAGGAGAGGCAGGAUGGGGCUGAGGGACCCGGGACAGGGAGAUUCCCAGCAAGGCGAGGCCGAGCAAGGGACGAGGCUCUUUCCCCAUCGGGGCCCCUCCCAGCGCAGGCUGGGCAAAGGCGCGACGCCUCUGGUUGUGUGCGGGCCGCGCCGCACGUCCCCUCGGUGGGGAAGAUGACGCUCCGGCAGGAGGGAGGCGGGAGGCGGGUCUGACCGGCGGAGCUGAAGAGCUCCAUCCAGCUCAGACUCGCUUUAGCUGCGGCAGAAGCGAACAUGUCGCUGGUGCCUUCUCGUCGCCAGUGCCGGGCGCUGCUGGUCCUCCACCUCCUCCUCCUCCUCGCCCUGCUCUCCAGAGGCGCUUCCCCCGAAGCCCCGUCGGCGGAGCAGCGCUGCUUUUGUCAGGUCACCGGUCAUUUAGACGACUGCACUUGUGAUGUCGAGACUAUUGAUACCUUCAACAAUUAUAAACUUUUCCCCCAGUUGCAAGAACUUCUGCAAAGUGAUUAUUUCAGAUAUUACAAGGUUAACCUAAAGAAACCUUGUCCUUUCUGGAGCGAUGGCAGUCACUGUGGAAUUAGACAUUGUGCAGUUAAUCCGUGCCCAUCUGAAGCGGUUCCUUGUGGAAUUAGAUCAGAGACUAAUAAGUAUGCAGAAGCAGCUGUUGCCACUCCCUUGGCUGAAAGCUGUGAAAAAGCAGAAAACCUUGGGGCUGUUGACAAAUCUUUGAGUGAAGAAACUGCACGGGCUAUGAUUCAAUGGACCCAGCAUGACGAUUCUUCAGAAAACUUUUGUGAAGCUGAUGAUAUCCAUUCUCCUGAAGCAGAGUAUGUAGAUUUGCUUCUGAAUCCAGAACGUUACACUGGCUACAAAGGUCCUGAAGCCUGGAAGAUUUGGAACAGUAUUUAUGAAGAAAACUGUUUUAAGCCUCGCUCAGUAAAAAGGCCUUUAAAUCCACUGGCUUCUGGCAGAGGAGUAAGAGAAAAUGAAGGGAAUAUGUUUUACAGCUGGUUGCAAGAUCUCUGUGUGGAGAAGAGAGCUUUCUACAAACUUAUUUCUGGUCUUCAUGCAAGCAUCAACAUUCAUCUCAGUGCCAGAUACCUUUUGCAAGACACGUGGGCAGAGAAGAGAUGGGGGCACAACGUUACAGAGUUCCAGCUGCGUUUUGAUGAGAUCUUGACACAAGGCGAAGGGCCCAGGAGGCUGAAGAACCUGUAUUUCAUCUAUCUAAUUGAAUUACGGGCCCUCUCAAAAAUCUUGCCCUUUUUUGAGCGCCCCGAUUUCCAGCUUUUCACAGGAGACGAGGAUCAAGAUGUAAAAACCAAGAACCGCCUCCUGGAAAUUCUUCAUUUAAUCAAAUCUUUUCCUUUGCACUUUGAUGAAAAUUCACUUUUUGCUGGAAACCAAAAAGAAGCUGCCAAGUUAAAGGAGGAAUUUCGGUUCCAUUUUAAGAACAUUUCAAGGAUCAUGGAUUGUGUAGAGUGUCUGAAAUGCCGCCUUUGGGGGAAGCUGCAAACUCAGGGCUUGGGAACAGCGCUGAAGAUCCUGUUUUCUGAAAAACUGAUAGAAAACAUACCAGAAAAAGGUCCUUCGCAUGAAUUUCAUCUAACAAGGCAGGAGAUUGUGUCCCUCUUCAAUGCUUUUGGGAGGAUUUCAACAAGCGUUAAAGAAUUAGAAAACUUCAAGGAGCUCUUACGCCCUCUUCAGUGAAUUGACCCCGAUGGAGACCAACUUCCUUGUUUUAUGCAGAUUGGGCUCAGAGUGAUUCCUGCUGGUAUAGUGCCAGCAUGAUCCCGUUCUUGGCAAGAAGGGCUAAGUCAACAUGAUCAUAAAAAUUGGUCACAUUCUCUAGCUUACAAGUUUAUAUUUGGCUCUGAGGUAGCUGAAAUAUUCAUGAAAGACUCUUCUUCCAGAGCAGGAUAUACAUCAGAUAUUGGCCUUAUGUUUUUUUAAAAAAAUACACACACAGAGACACACAUAUCAUGAGGGUGGGAGAAUUGUAUCCUUCCUGAUAAUUGCUGAACUACAACUCCCAGCAGCCUUUAUCAGCAUGACCAUUAGUGAGAGAUGCUAGGAGUUGUACUUCACCAAUAUGUGAAGGACUUCAGGUUUCUUACCCCUUGUUUACAAGGUUUCUUCCAGCCUGAAGGAUCUUACCUGCUACUAAUAAAAAGGCAUAGUGCAGCUAUUCUAUAUAUUUUUCUAUUUGUGGAAGGAAAAGGCUAGAUGAAAAAACCAUGGUUACAAAUGAGACUUGAUGACAUCACCUGGAUUCCCUGCAAAGCAACGGCAUGAUAAAAUGCCUCAUUUAGACACACAAUUAGAAUCUCUUCAUCUUACAUAACAGUGUCUUUUAACAAAAAUUACUCUCUGCUUCAGUGUCCUUAAAUAAUCUUGUGUAAAAUGCCCGAAUCAACCCUGUCUAUUUGAGUGAAAUUCCAAUGAGUGACAGACUUACAAGAGAGCCACUUGGGGCAGGUCCUCUUGCCUGUUCAAUAUAGGAAUUGAAAUUAAAGCAUUCUCAGCAAGAUGGCUCUCUCCUAUCACACAGUUUGUGUGUCAUCUUUUGAAGCUGGUUGGAAGUGGAACUCCAGACUUAAUACUUCCAGUCAGCUCCUGUUUAUCAUUGAGUUGUAUGAGAUGGGUGUCAGCGUUCCCACACAGGAGAAAGUGGCAACAUGUGGAAGCCUUCGACCUAGUAUGGCUUCCAAAGCUGACAAUGGGUCUAUGACAAUUUACUGCGGCCAACUUGCCACAGUCAACUUGUCAUGGCCAACUCUCUAUGGCCAACUUGCCACAGUCAACUCGUCAUGGCCAACUCUAUGGCCAACUUGCCACAGUCAACUCAUCAUGACCAACUCUAUGGCCAACUUGCCACAGUCAACUCGUCAUGGCCAACUCUAUGGCCAAUUUGCCACAGUCAACUCGUCAUGGCCAACUCUAUGGCCUAUUUGCCACAGUCAACUCGUCAUGGCCAACUCUCUGUGGCCAACUUGUCACAGCCAACUGAUCAUGGGGCAACUCGCCACCACCAACUCACUGCAGGACAACUCGCUGCAGGACAAGAGUUACACUAAUAUGAAAGAAAUAGUGGAAAAGAAUCAUUAAAGAAAGGAUGUAACAAAAUAAAAUGUAAAUGGCAAAAAUUAAAAUAAUUUUAAACUUUAUUUUAAAUAAUUAAAUUGAAUUAUUAGAUUGUCCCACAGCGAGUUGUCCUAUGGCAGGGCUGUCAAACUCACAGCCCGCGGGCCAGAUGCAUCAUGAACUGGCCAUGCCCAUGCCCGGUUUAGCAAAGGGGGAAAAAAGUCACGCUGCAUCAUGUGAUGCUGCUGCGACAAUGCGAGUUUGACACACCUGUCUUAUAGCAAGUUGGCUGUGGUGAGUUGUCCCAUUCCAGUAUGAGAUACCCUCUUUAUUCUUCAAAAAUUAAAAGCCAAGCUCCAAGUCCAAAACAACUGGUCUCUAGCUAGACACUCUCCAGAGAUCACAUUGUAUAUUUCUUCAUUCCCAGAUGAAAUAGCCAUUAGCUGUGUUGGCUGGGAAUGGUGGAACUGAGACUACAUUACUGGGAUUUUGGUACAAUAAUUUUUCAUCAUCUAGUGCCCACUAGAUCAGGGGUCCCCAAUCUUGGCAACUUUAAGCCUGGUGGACUUCAACUCCCAGAAUUCCCCAGCCAGCUUUGCUGGCUGGGGUAUUCUGGGAGUUGAAGUCCUCCAGGCUUAAAGUUGCCAAAAUUGGAGACCCCUGCGCUAGAUGGUUCAGAGCUAUGCCGCAGAAGAACUUCAAGAACCAUUUGAAACAGAUCUGUCUUUUCCUGGGACUGCCUGGUUAUCUCUGCAGCUCCUGGGUGAUUGCAGAAAAAAAUCAGGUUUGGUUUAAGGAGUUGCAGAAAAAUGAUUCAUGAGUCCCUCCCCUUCUCUCUCCCCCACCCUGCAAAAUCCGGAGGCACCUUUGCAACCCUAUUAGAAUCCUAUUUCCCCCCCCCCCCACUCUCUUUAGUCGUCCAUUCCAUUGAGUGUGCUUACGCCACACAAUCUUUUGGUGAUUAAAGGAAAGAUUAGAAGGUUCAGUUAAGGAUAUACCGAUCGUAAAACAAGACACUUAAAACAAAUCUUUUAACAGUGGAAGUUGUAACAAGGUUUUGAAUUUUAUAGCUGUUGUGUUCCAUUUUACAGAGCUGUUGAUUAUGAACCUUUAGCAAGUUUUAAUAAUAGUAUCCUUCAGAACUUGGGGUAAAAUUACGUCUUCAUUUUUCCCUUUUAGCAUAAUCCACAGCAUUUCCAGAGUAAAGCAAGGAAGAUGCCAGGGAUGAAGAAAAUAAUUUUAUAUCUGUAUUUUGAUCCCCUCUCAUCUUCUUUCUUGGUGGGCUUGGUGCAAGUUUGACACUAGAUUGCAACAUUUUACACCCUGAUGUGAGAAGUUUCAUUUUUCCCUUCUUCCAAAAAGUUUCAUGAAAAGAACAGUCCAUAUUUGCCGUAUUUGUUGCUUUGUGCCAAACUCCCCCAACUUGGGCAUGGUAUUCCCAGAAUUCUCAGCAACAAGUAGCUGCUUGGGGAAUUCUGGGAAUUGAAUCCAUGGGAAUUUCCCCUCCCACAUUGGGAUUUCCCCCCCCCCCCGUGCUAAGAUAAACUUUAUUUGCAUAACAUUGUUGGGGGUGGGGGGGAGGGGUGUUGUAAUAAAACCAUAGGGAAUUUCUGCCACCGAGCUAGAUAGAUUUGUAGUUUAUAAUAGCCUAGAGGAGGUGGUUUGUUUUUUUAAUUGCCUGGAAAAUAAGAGCUACUCAGGGAACUACAGUUUUAAGAUCCCACAUGUGGGCUUUCCAAUUCUCUACUGUUGCACAAAAGACGGUCCUUCAGCAGAAACUGGAUGCUUCAGAUCAAGCAAGUCUUGUAUUUCGAUAAUCCUUCCAUUAGCUCUGAAAGCCCUACAGGACAUAUGCUAUUGUAAAUUGGCCUAAGGCAGGGGUGUCAAACUCGAUUUCAUUGAGGGCCACAUCAGGGUUGUGUUUGACCUCAUCUGGGCGUGGCCAGGAUGGGUGUGGCCGGCUUGAUGUCACUCCUGUCGGUGGGGGGGCACCUGUGUUGGCCCACCUGAGCUCCGUUUCCGCUGGCAGAGGGUUGCAGGAGGCCAUGGCAGCCGAAACUGAAGCUCGGGAGCCUGUUUUCACUGGCAGAAGCCCUGUGGGCCGGUUCUUCACUGUUUCCAGGGCAGCCCUGCGGGCCAGAUCUAAGUACCCGGCAGGCCAGAUCCGGCCCCCGGGCCUUGAGUUUGACAGCCCUGGCUUAAGGGGAAGGGCAGCCUUAAUUUAGGCCAGCCCUUGAGAUCACAAGCUGGUGACAUGGGAACUGGGCAUUUCAAGCUUAAAGUAAAAAAAUAAAUAAAAAUAAGCCAAAGCUUUUUGGCCCUCACCGCUGAAUGUAAUACUUUGGAGCUGCCUCUGUGUGUUUAAUUUCUUCAUAUUUGUUUAGUAAAAUGAUGCUUCUUUGAUUGCUGUCCUAUUUUCAAGGAAAGCACGGAAAUAAUUUUGUCCUGUACUUGAAUUGCUCUUUACUGUGAAGAUUAAAGUUAAGACUUCAAAAUAAGAUUAAAGAUUAAGACUACUGCUUCCAAACCA